AUGGCCUCAAACGACCGCAAUGAUACCCACUCGGAAUCUGCGGCUCGCAUGCCUAAGCGCUAUAAGCACCCAUUCACCGAAAACGAAGACUGGGCAUAUUACGCUGGAAACGACGACGACCCUACGGAAAAGGACACGCCGCGCACGCUCGCCGAGCUGCGUAUGUGCGCUCUGAGCGCGGCGAUACGCCAGAAACCUGAGUGGUGGGUUAAGUUCCGGGACGAAAACGUGCAGACGAAGUGGACAGAGGAGAUCAAGGAGCAGCAGAAAGAUAUGCAUCGGAGCUUGCAGCUCACUGACAACAUGAUACAUUACAUACUGGGCGAGCUUGACGCGUAUGCAGCCCUGCGGGAUCCGGAGACAGGCAUUGAGCCCGGUCCCUAUGAGAGAAUCUGGCAGUCCGAUCAACUAAUCCCUGCGUCCCUGAAGGCGAGUCUCGUUUCAGCAGUCGCACCUCUCGAGUCUGUCCCGGACUCGGAGAAGGACUGGCAUCCAGGGUCAGAUGGUAGAGUUCUCGACCUCGUCCACCCAUCGCUCUACCCUGUGGUCUACGGGCGUACCACGACACGCGGCUUUGAGGAGACCCUCCAGCCCCGCGCGACGGACGUCGCCGCUAUGUUCCGGUCGGAGCGCUUCCAGUGGCUCCCUUCGGAUUCCACGUUGAGGAGGAUGGCACAAAACCACAAGGCGCUCACCGAGGUUAUCCCAAAAGUCAUGGAGAAGGCGGUGCCAAUGUUCGAGUGGAUCCUGUCUGACUUGGCGAGAGAGACACAGCUCCCUACACGUCUUGACCUCAAGGGCUACGAGCCUAACAUGGAUCGGGACACAAGGCUGCGCUUCAUCGCAGAGCAUGACCGUCUUCAAGCUGAGGACCGCAAGGUGUGGGAAGCCGGCAGGGAUAAGUUGUGGGAUGACGAAUGGGACGUUUUCCUGGCUACUCGCUCCAGCGAAGACGAAGAAUGGGAGGAGCCGCCGUACCCAGAGUUCAAGGAAGUCAACUAUCUCCAACGAUUUUUCAACGAAUGGCAGGACGCACAGGCAGAACAUCUGUGGCCGGAUGCAAGCCGAGCUACGAUGUCAACGAGCCGCGCUAUCAUGAACAAUGUGACUACUACUGCAUGCGCCAUCUAUACAACAUAUCGUGACGAGAUCUGCGUGCAAACUGUCGGCCAAGUCACAACCAAGCAAGACCGGUGCAUCGCCUUCCCGAACAUCUACCAACACCUCGUCUCGCCCUUCCGUCUCGUAGAUCCCACCAAGCCAGGCCACCGCAAGAUCUCGUCUUCUUCCUUGUCGACCCGAACAUCACCGUCCAUCAGCGACGACGUGGAGAGCACGAACCUCUGGUGGAGGCUCCCAUUCGAGCUGCAAGAGAUGGUUUGGGAGCGGCUGGAUCUGUUGACAGAGGAACAGGCGAAACAGUAUCGGGAGGAGCUCAUGAAGGAGCGACGCUGA